UUUUGAUUUUAUCAGCUAUUGUCUAGAUUUUAGGUUAAGUUGAUUACAGAUAUUUAUAAACUUCAAUUGCAAUGUAUAAUAAUUAGGCCUUUUAUGUUUUAGAGUAAAUAUUGAAAAAUGUAUAUACUUUAUUAACAAAAAGAAUUUAAAAGUCAUUCCUCUGUGAUAGAAAUCAAUUAAUAUUAUUUAUAGCAGUAUGUAAAUGUUACAAGUUCAUUGAAAUGAGUCAUAACAUUCACAAUCCCAUUGUCCCUUAUAUAGGUCCAAUUGCUGGUCCCCUUUCACCCGGAGGAACGAUUACAAUUAGAGGAAAUAUUUUUCCCAAUUGCAAUAGGUUCGCUAUCAACUUACAAAACGGGCCGAACGUCUAUCCUCGCGAUGACGUGGCUCUGCACUUCGGGGUGGACUUUCUGCGCCAAUGUGUGGUGCGCAAUAACAUUCAAAACAUGAACUGGGGACCCGAGGAGACCGAUGGCGGCUUUCCAUUUGUACGCGGCUCGCUUUUCGACAUCGUUAUCUGCUGUGAGGCCAUGCAUUACAGGAUAGUGGUGAGUGGACAGCACUUCUGCACAUUCGAGCACCGCAUGGUGUUUCACCGGGUGAGCCACUUGGCAGUGGAUGGUGAGAUAUCGCUGACAACCAUCGACUACACCACCUCCCCCUUCCCCUCGACCACUGGUCCCCUGCCCCCCUACCCCACCAGCCCCCUUUCGCCGUUCUCGCCCCACCCCACCUCCUACCCGAUGUCCAAUCAGGUGACGUCACCGCCCUAUGCACAUCAGCCGGUCGGCGGGGGUUCAACAGCCUUCAACUACAACCAACAACCCAUGCCCAUGCAGCACAAUAACAACAGUGGUUUGGGUGGUGUUCUCAACAAGGCCGGUGCGGCUGUGGCCGGGUUGGCUGCUGCGGCUGGCCUCAAGUCCGCAAUGGGCGGCCAUGGCAGCCAGACUGGUCAUUAUGGUCAGCCUGGUCAUUAUGGUCAGCCUGGUCAUUAUGGCCAGCCAGGCCACAAGAGUAAUAGUUACCUUGGUCCAGCGUUGGGUGCUGGCAUAGCUGGAGCCGCUUUGACUGGACAUUUGAGCCCUAAGAAAAUGUUUAAAGCAAACAAAAAGGCGCGCAAAAAGGCUCUGAAGUAUGGCAUUCCUUUGGCGGGAGCCGGCCUUGGCGCAUACGCGCUGCAUAAAACGUUCCAUCACAGCAGCAGCAGCAGCAGCAGCUCUUCCAGUUCCAGUAGCGGCGAAGAAUAACUGCAUCGGUUGAAUGGCAUCUAUAAGGAAUGCUUGGAGUUUGAACUCAAUCUCACUCUACUUUAUUUCCGUAUUGCAAUCAUUAAGUAGUAUUUUCUUUGUCAUUCAAGCUAUUCGGUUUUCUCUUAACUAAAUAUUAAUGCUCUUCAUUAGCUACCUUUCUAUAACCAUACUGUUCUCAGUACAAAAUGUUCAUUAUUGGGUUGAUUAACGUUCAGUCGGAUCCCACCUAUACAUUCAAUUCAUUCCCAUUAAUACCAUUCUGGUAAUCCCAAUUAGACUUGUUUUGUGUAAACUUUGAUGCAAUAUUCAUUUCUCGAUUUAAUUAAUCCACACAUCGUAGAAAUAAUUGAAAAGAAGCAACAGCUACUACCCAAACUGUUCCUUUCUCGAAUCUCAAUAUAUCUCUUGAAUGUUAUGUUCUCACUCAUCAAUAUUAUUGUGUUUCAUCAUCAUCAUCAUCAUUGGCUCGACAAUCCAAAGCGGAUCUUGUCCUCAAACAUUUGUCUCCAUUCUACUCUAUCCAUGGCAGCAUGCCUCCAAUUCCUGACCCCAACAACUCUUGCAUCUUCGGCAACUACAUCCAUCCACCUCAACCUUGGUCUACCAGGAGGUCUUCUACCUUCCAUGUUGUAAGUCAUUAUAUUUUUUGGUGGAAAUGACACAUCAGCUCUUGCAAAAUGGCCUGCCCACCUGAGCCUACCUACUCGGAUAAGAGCCAGCGCAUCAGUGUGACCAUAAAUGUUAUACAGAUCACGAUUCUUUCUCCUGCAGCACACUCCAUCCAACAGCACUCCUCCAAAAAUUCUGCGCAGAAUCUUUCUCUCAAAUAUGCUCAUCAAAUUCUCAUCUGAUCUUGUUAGAGUCCAAGUCUCUCUGGCAUAGGUAAGCACUGGCAAUAUUAGUGUUUGAUAGAUCAUGAUUUUUGUUUUCCGGCUCAAUUCCUUUGAACUGAGAUGUUUGGUCAAACCAAAGUAUGCCCUAUUCGCCAAUAGGAUUCACCGCUUGACCUCAUAAUGUGGUCUCGUUUUUAAAGUUGACCAAGGAUCCGAGAUAUACGAAUCCGUCUGCCACUUCCAACCCACAGGCAGAUAUUAGCUUUGAUCGAUUGGCAACCUCUGAGCAUGGGACCUUGAUGAGACCACGAUCUUUGUUUUCUGCUCAUUCACAGUCAAACCCAUGUUACCUGCUGCCCUUUCCAUGUUGCUGAAUGCUUCCAUCAUUUUAUAUUGAUGGAAUAUUGUUCCAACGUAUAUUGUUCCAACACAUAUUGUUGUAUAUAUUGUUGGAAUAUUGAUACAACAGCAAUAUCAAUAUCGUCAGCAUAAGCCAACAGCUGAAAAGAUUUAUUGAGCAAUAUUCCUCUGGUGUCAAUUUUGGAAUCCCUGAACACAUUCUCAAGAGCUUAUAAAAUUCUCAUCUGAUCUUGUUAGAGUACCGGUACAAGUCUACUUAUUGUUUCUCAUGAUCGCUAAACCUCGCUGUUUGUAGUUUUCAAAAACAAAAAAAAACAUAAUCAUAAUAAUAAAAAAAUUCUAGAAAAUAUUGAAAUAAGCACGAAACCAACCAUAUCGUUGUUAUAUUUCUCUCCUUGUGAGCUAUUCUCUACAGAAAGGUUUCAGUAUUGAAAGAAGUUUCAGAGAAUACUAUUUUAUGUUACCUCCUGUAAACCCUGUGGCCUUCAUUCAUAGCUCAAUGUAUUGACACUUGAAAAAAUUGAAUAGUCUUCCUAUUUCUUGAAAUAAUUGAAGUAAUAUAAGCAUCGUUAUUAUUAUUCUAUUACUAUAAUACAAUUAUCGGAAAUUCGCUCAUCUCAAACCUGAAAAGUGUUAUCAUAAAAAUUUUAGCACAUCUUGCACAAUUGAAUGACUUCCACAAAUUACUACCUUAUCUAAGUGUUAUGAAUGUACAAAUCUCUUGAUAAUGUAUAACAUUUUUAUGAAUUAACAUAUCUGAAAGUGUAGGCUAGUUUUACUACCAUAUAAUAUGUAUCUCUUGAAUUCGUAUCAACAUAAUGUAUAGAAAUUUGCUCUAUAAAUGUUAAUGUAUCAUGAAGCAGAAUGUUUCAAUAUUCCCAUGAUAAUAAAUCAAUUAUUGAAAAUGUACAAAUAUUAUGCUGUGUGCAAAAAAGAACAUUUUUUUGAACUUGAUUUGCUUCAAAACUGUUAGUUUAACUAGAGUAGCGAAUUCUUAGUUCAGACUUGAGUUUUUAGCGUUGUAUGUAUGAAGAUAACUAUUGAACGUUUUGACCAUCCAUUUUAAUUGUAUGCACCGACGCGUUAAAAAAUCAAAUAUUCUUGAAAGAUGAAAAUAACUCUAUGUAUUAUCUAGUUCACACCUACUGACUGCUGUUAUUAAUUAAUUUUUUAAUUAAAAAGUGAUUUUUGG